AUGGAACGUGAAAUAAACCGCCCAGAUUUUCUCCUUGAUGACCUCUGGCGCUGGCUCCAGCAGAUCGAGAUAUGCAGAUAUGAACUACAGGAGUCUAUGCUAUUGGCUGCGAAAAACAGCUUGGAUAUCGAUUGUGAGGAUUAUAUUGUGAAUGGAACGUGUUUUGUAAGCUCGUUAGAAAGGUUGAAAACUCGGCUCCAGCGGGAAAUCGUGAUCGUGGCCAGAAACUUUUGCAUCGACUCACAAGAAGAGAAGCCAUUCGAAGGCUUGCGUAUUUGGGAUUGUGAAGUCAACGAGACUCUAGCAGAGCUUCUUUCCUGUUUGCAAGCUUUGUUGACGGAGUCAAGGGAAUGCGUAAAUAUUUUACGGCUGCUAUACGAGACACCGCGAAACAACGAGUAUGUUGAAAGGGAAGAGCCCACAGUCUUGCAGUUCAAAGGCGGUAGAUGGAUCAAAACAUACAAGGGUAACGAUCUUGAGGAUUCGGCAGAUUUUAGGAAGAACGCCUUCGGGAUUUUGAAAAGCGACUUCGAUAAGCAGACCGCUAACAUUUUAGUCCUUGAAGGAGAGCGCAACGAGUUGUCUCUUCAGAUCGAGAAGCUCAAGAGAAUGAUUCAAAAUUGUGCUUGUGAUAAUAGACAACAAAAGAGAAAAAAACCCAGGAAAGUUUGA